CACGGGUGGAAUAGUAGUAAUUAAAGAGUCAAUUCAAUCAUCGGCCCACCCAAUCUUUAUAGACCUUCUGUUCUUCUCUCCUUCCGCUUGGUCUUCGUCUUCUUCUCCUUUCCUGCCGAAACAGUAGAAAUUUAGGGUCCGGCCAGCACCCAGAAAUUCGUAUUUUCCGACCCUAGAUUUCUUCUGCCUCCAUACUGUCUUCUGAUCUACCCUAAAUCUCAGGCUGUAUUUUUCAAAUUCAUUUGAAUUUUGUUUUGUACCGUGGAUCUGAUUUCCGUAACCACUCGAUCGUUUUUACAGCAAUUGAACUCCAAAUCGGGAGCAUUGGGUGGACACUUAAUACUAACUGUCCAAAAUUUGGUUGAUAUCUAGGAUGGGAAGGGUAGACAAUGACAGGCUUUCACCUUCUUCGUCGCUACCUGUAACUACGUCAACAUCAAUAACCGAUACGGUGAACGGAUCACACGAAUUCAGGAUAACUGGAUAUUCUUUGUCGAAGGGGAUGGGAAUCGGGAAGUACAUAGCUUCCGAUACGUUCAAGGUGGGCGGAUUCUCGUGGGCUAUCUAUUUCUAUCCUGACGGGAAGAGUGUGGAGGAUAAUGGUACAUACGUGUCUCUAUUCAUUGCACUUGCAAGUGAGGGGGAGGAUGUAAGGGCGCUUUUUGAAUUGUCUCUUAUUGACCAGAGCGGCAAGGAGAGGCAUAAGGUUCAUAGCCAUUUCGGUAGGGCUUUGGAUACUGGCCCUUACUCUCUCAAAUAUCGUGGAAGCAUGUGGGGUUAUAAAAGAUUUUUCAAAAGAAGCGCUCUUGAAUCAUCAGACUACCUGAAGGAUGAUUGCCUUCAGAUUCAUUGUUGUGUUGGGGUUGUCAGGUCUCACACGGAGGGACCCAAGACCUACUCUAUAUCAGUGCCACCCUCAGACAUUGGCUUGCACUUUGGGCAGCUUCUGGAAAGUGGAAAGGGCACCGAUGUGAACUUUGAAGUUAAUGGAGAGACCUUUGAGGCCCACAAAUUGGUACUCGCUGCUCGCUCACCUGUGUUUAGAGCACAACUUUUUGGUCCAAUGAAGGAUCGGGAGACAAACAUUAAAGUUGAGGAUAUGGAGGCCCCUGUUUUUAAGGCUUUGUUGCAUUUUAUAUACUGGGAUGCGUUACCAGAUAUGGGAGAAAUUACGGGUUUGAACUCGAUGUGGGCUUCAACAUUGAUGACUCAACAUCUGCUUGCAGCUUCUGAUCGGUAUGGUCUAGACAGGCUUAGGGUGCUUUGUGAAGCUAAUUUAUGUGAGGGUGUUGCAAUCAAUACGGUUGCAACAACUUUAGCAUUAGCUGAACAACAUCAUUGUUUCCAGCUCAAACGUGUUUGUCUCAAAUUCAUUGCGUUGCCUGAAAAUCUUAGAGCUGUUAUGCAGACAGAUGGGUUUGAAUACUUGAAAGAAAGCUGUCCUAGGAUCUUGACAGAAAUGUUGGAGUAUGUAGCUAGGGUGGGUGAGCAUGUUGGUGGGGUCACGACCAAACUGUUAAAUGAAGGUGUCCAAGAUGGGAGUGAUGCCAAUGGUAGGCGGGUGAAGCAGAGAUUAUAGUGGUCCAAUUGGAUUCAUCAGUCAAUACAUGCCGCAAAAUAUAGAGGUUGUUUUUUCCUUGUGGAUACCAGACACCUGAUUUGGAUCUGCAAUGGCCUUCCUCGCCGGUCACCCCAACUUGUUGGGUCACCAUGUCUUAGGACUCACAUUGGUUGGUUUAGGCGUCAUCCAUGUAGAGCAUAUACGUAGUAUAUGUUUGUAUUAGAUGUGUUGGCUUUAAAAUUAUCGUAUGCACAUUGUAUAGAGCAACAUUGACCAAACAAGUAUCAGAACCCGCUAAUACCAAUCCUUUUUGGGUUUCCAGUUGCCUCUGUUGAGUGUUUGAGUGAUAAGGCGC